CGUGAAAUCGGGCUCCGUGGCCGGCCCAAGGGCGCAACUUCCCCCCUCCGCGUCCCCUCUGCUUCUGCGCGCCUCGGCUCCCGUGGGAACUUCGAGCUGAGCCGAGCUGAGCCGCGCCGGGGAGCGCGCCAUGGCCGAGCCUGGGACCUUCCUGCUCCUGCCGCUGGCCCUACUGCUCCACGCCGUCCUCGCCCUUGGGUCCAACUCGUUCCGGAUGACGCAGCCGGAGGGGCCCCCGCAACCGGGCAAGACGCUGAACCUGCGCUGCGAGGUGCUGCUGUCCAACCAAGCUCCGGGCUGCUCGUGGCUCUACCAGCCGCCCCGCCCCGCCGCCCGCCCGGUCUUCCUGAUGUACAUCACCAAAGGCCGGAUCAAGCCGGCCGAGGACUUGGACACCAAGAAGUUCUCAGGCGAGAGGAUCCAGGACGCCGUCUUCGGCCUCGCCCUGCACCACUUCAGCGAGAAGGACCAGGGCUACUAUUUCUGCUCGGUCCUGAGCAACUCGAUAAUCUACUUCAGCCCCUUCGUGCCCGUCUUCCUGCCAGCUAAGCCCACCACGACGCCCGCGCCGCGACCACCCACGCCGCGACCACCCAUGCGGGCGGCCACCAACGCGUCGCAGCCGGUUACUCGGCGCCCAGAGACGUGCCGGCCCGCGAAGGGCAGCCCGGUAGGUAAGAAGUGGCUGGACUUCGACUGUGAUAUCUACAUCUGGGCUCCCCUGGCUGGGACCUGCGCGGUCCUUCUCUUGUCACUGAUCAUCACCAUCAUCUGCAACCACAGGAACCGAAGACGUGUUUGCAAAUGUCCCAGGCCCCUGGUCAGACCGGCAGGCAAGCCUACCACUUCAGAGAGAUACGUCUGACAUGGCGACAGGCCUUGUGCAACAGCCACUACAAGCACUCAAACUGAGAACUCUCUGCACGAGGAGAGCAACAGUCCUUCCCUUUUGGUUUUUCCAGCCUUCCUUCCUUAUGUAUUCAUUGUCAUUAUUAUUUUUGUGGGGGUGGGGUGGGAAGGGUUUCUUUUUCUUCAUGUGUUUACUUUAAUUGAUACAAAACAAGACUAUCUAAUGUCAAUGGUACACCGCAAGGGUUACAGUACCGUUGUGCAAACAUGCUGGGGUAAAGUGCGGGCAGGCCAGAGCUACCGCAAGCUGUGUUCUCAGAAUCAGGCUGUUAGAGCUGGCAGGGGGCCUCAGCCCCCACUCAGCCCAAACCUCUUUCUCACCCAUUUUAGGAGGGAGGAGGCUGAGGUCCAGAAAUGGGGAGCAGCUUGGCCAUUCAGGUCUUUCUUCCGGAGGCCUCUGUCUCAGCAUGCGGUGCUGUGUCUCAAACGGCAAGGGAACAAGUUAUUUCUUGAGCACCUGUGAUACACCCGUUACUGCACCCAGAGCUCUGAGAAGGUAAUGAAAUAAGGCAAGGGAGCUUCUGCCUUGGACAGAGUUCUAUAACAUAGCUGGACAAACUUCUUCAUAAUCAAGUGUGAAACUGUAUAGGCAGGAAUUCCUCAAAUAGAUGGAAGGGGUGAACCGAAUCCUGGAAAAUGAAUCACUCCAUCUCUAAAGAAAACCUCUGUGAGAUCCCUCAGUGGAGACAAAAUGGCUCUCCCAGGCUUUGCGUUGCAGAGGGACCCAGGAAAGAGGAGAGGCCACCUCUUUACACACAUGAUUUGGGCUUCAGGAAAGUUGAACAGAGGGCCUCCUGAAUCCCUAAACUUGAGAUGCCAUAUCUGAACGUGCUCCUGGGGUCACGAAUGACUCUUUAGUUUGUAAAGGCAGAAUUGUCAGCGAGCUGCCAGCACAGCCCCUGGCCUCCCCUUGCCCAGCGGAUGUGAGGAUGUGGCAGAACAGAUUGGUGAGGAGGCUAAGAGCGGAAAGUGCUGCCCUGCACAUGCAUUUCCGUCCUCAGAGUGCGGCACAAGAAAUGUGUGCUCGUUGCAAGAAAAACUAACACAGAUAAGGAAAUAAAGAUCACCGGUAAUUCUUUACCUCAGAUGUAAUCCAUUGUUACUAUUAUGGCGUACAUUCUUCCUGAUUAUUUUCUAUGCAUAAAUGUAAAAUAUAUCCUUGGCUUUUUAAAAAGUGGGAUUGCAUUAUGCUUUCAUAAGUGGCUUUAAUAAACAAACAUUUAUAGCAUA